UUCAUCUGACAUGGCGAAUUCACAAAUUGCAUAGAUGUGGCUGUUUUGCAAAACUGCCACAUUCAAAAGCCUGGCAAUAGCUCCUUAGCCAAUCGGCUUGGAGGCAUUUGUUUAUGCAGCACGCAUGAAGAAAGAAACAAAAUAACUUCCUAUUCAAGUGACAAAAGUCUUACCAUAGGAGUAAGGCUCACUCUGGUGAUUGAUUUUUAAGAUAUCUUGUAUAGAGAGAUUAAGUGCCAAUGAAAUGAACAAACUAUAGAAGUUGUAGGUUCUAUAGACAUUGUCAUCUCAAAUAUAUUGCAAAUGUCAUGGACUUUCUUAUGUUAUGUUCUUAUGAUAUUGUAUCAGGAAUCUACACUGAAUGAACUCUAAUCUAAUUUGUCUAGCUUUGCCUAGAGAUAACGAUCAACCGAACACCUUGAAUGCACCAGGCACUCAGGAAACAAAAGGCUACUCAAAACCGUUCUCUGUGAUUUAAUUAACCCGUCUAGUGAGAGAGGUAGUUUAGCAUUGGAGUCUGAAAAGAGAGAAAAAUAGCUUAAAGAUUUAGAGAUUUAAGACAAAUUUCACAUCAUAUUGAUUUAAUACCACCAUGAGUACAAGAUGGAAGCGUUUUUAUUCUUAAAUUGCCUAACAAGUAUAGAAUAACCCAGGUAAUAAAUCCCUAAGAGAAUUAAACUGUUGGCAAUGUCCAACCAAAGUCGCAACCCGACAUGUUCGGUGUCUAAAGAAAUGUAAUUUCUUAUGGUAAAAAUAACGGGAAUUCAGAAUAAAAUCUGAAUUAUUUAGCAAAAGUUAUGCACGUUUUAAAAGUUUCCCCUUUCCAGAUUAUGAUAAAGAACUAAUCAAACAGAGGAAGGGGGAGCAAUCAAUCAAGAUGGCAAGCCCAUUCGCUACAAAAUAGCCAAUCGGAGCAUGCAGCGGGAAAUUCAAAUAAUCUCUUUGUUUGAAAAGUAUAAAGCCCCCUGCUUUAGCCCAGCUCCUUGUCCCCAGCUCUAGCCCUCUAAUCUAAGUCCCCAACUCUACUCCCCAACUCUACUCCCCAGCUCUACCCCCCUACGCUAGCCUCUUCCUCUGCGAUAGCCCCCUGCGCUAUCCCCUGACCGCUGAUCCCUGCUCGCUCAGACUCUAAGAAACUACAAGACUGCACCUGGAGCCCUCAGUUUUCAGUAUUUAUCCAUCAAGGUUGGGGGCCCUGACACUCGGAGAAACACAAGGUAACAUAAAGCUGAAAGUGACUGCUUGCCAGGCUAGGUAACAAUACAAUACUAAAAUAUCUAUUCAGGUAUUGUGUGACCCUUGUUGUUGUGUCAGUAUGUACUAAUAUUUCUUUGGUAAAUUGUUGUUUUAAACCUUAGUUCUCAUUGUAAUGCUUUUAAUGUGACAUUAAUUGUGUAACUGUUUUGUGUGAUUUUCAAACUUAUUUUGUUGCAUGCUUAAUAAAUACCAUCUUUCUAAGAAGAGAUUCCCAGUAUUGAGUCAUUCGCUCAUGUUGAACAAACACGAUUUAUGAACUUUGAACAGUCUGGAAUGUGCUCUAUUUUUGGCUUGUUGUAACGUGUAAAUCUGCCAUCGUUUUCAGAGAGCGAUAUUAAAACGGGUUUGUACAUUAUAAUAGGACACUGUUUAUUGUAGAGGUCCCACCGAGAUCUUGACUAUCGAAGGUAUCUCUUUAUCCCCUACAGUUUUUGGAGGUCCUUUAAUUUAUUGCUCUUAAGAAUAUAUUAACUGCCUACAAUAGUUCCACACAAAUGUCAUGUACAUUCUGCAGACAUUUUAAUAAUGAAUUAUCAGAUUAAUGAUCAGAACAGGAAAAGGAAGUAUAACCACAAUGGGGGGGUGGUGAAUGUCAAGCUCAGUAAAGUGCAGCCUUUCUGUUUGACAUCUUGAUAAUUUACAAGCAAAAUGUUUCUGAGAAAAGAAAGGCGAGAAGAUUCUAGGUAUGCUCUAAAUGGGAAUGGUGCUGUCCCAAUGCCGCCAGUCCAAGUAGACUGAUGUGCUGGUAUAAGGCUACUCCUCCUUGAAGCGCAUGCCAUUUAGCAAAUGACUAUUUGAUCAAAGAUCAAACAGCAAUCUGAUUAGUUUAUUCAAACCAGAAGGAAAUGCACAGUUUAUCACGUCAUUGUGGUUCUUUGGAGCAUAUGCCGUAGAGUGAAUGAACAUUGGCACAUACAGGACAGAUGUCUGAAGACUCAGGAGUGAUAGGCACAAUGGCAAAUUUAACAAACUGUCCUUUGAAUAGAACUUUGCACUUCAGAUACCCUCUGUACACAGCAGUGUAUUCCUUAGUGCUGAUUUUGGGUUUGCCGUUAAAUGGGAUUUCUCUGUGGAUUUUCUUCAGAAGACUGGGGCUGCGUUCUCCACCAGCCAUUUAUAUGGCCAACCUAGCACUGUCUGACCUUCUCUUCAUCAUUUCUCUACCUCUGAGGAUCUACUACUUCGCAACGGCUCGCUGGCCAUUUGGAGAUUUCAUGUGCAUGAUACCAGGGACCCUGUUUUCAGUGAACAUUAACUCCAGCUCCCUCUUCAUUGGCUUGAUCAGCCUGGACCGGUUCCUUGCUGUCGUGUAUCCGUUGAGGUCCCGUGCUCUUCGAACCCCGGGGUUUGCCAGACUGGCCUGUGGGGCGGUCUGGUUACUAACCCUUGCAUUCAGCAUUCCCUUUGCAUUCAUCAACAUGACAAAACUGGAUGAAUGCAACAUCACUCAAUGUUUUGAUGGCCUGGAUGAGAGGAAAUGGAAACCAGCACUUAUUAUUUAUAGCGUGACACUGGGAUUGGGGGUAGUCAUUCCCUUCAUAAUCAUUCUAUUCUGCACUGUAUUGGUGAUAAAGACACUAAACAGUCAACAGAUCAACUCAUCUGUGUUCGAUAAGCAGAAAAUUAUCUUGGUGUUUGUCAUGAGCUUGCUUAUAUAUGCUGUGUGUUUUGUGCCUCUUUAUAUUGUAUUAAUAUUGUAUUCUUUACAUAAAAAUGGUUAUCUAGCACACAGAUUCUAUGACGCAUUACCGAUUACCUUGUGCUUAGCUACAGUGAAUAGCUGUGUGGACCCAGUCAUGUACUAUUUCACAACCAAUGCUUUCUUGAAGAAAAAAAAAAAAAAGAUAGAGCUGACUGUGACAGUAGCAGCAGACUCAGUCAGCAAGCAGAGUAAUAUGCGUUUGCAAAAUCUUCCGAGCAGCAAGAUGCAAUGUGGAGCAGAGCCUGUAGAGAAGGUCCAGAGCACUGUAUGAAUAUAAAUGAUUAAGUGACUUCUGUGGAACUAUCAGAACAGUUCUAUCAGAACUGUGGGCUUCUUACACAAGACUGAAUGAUUACUGUUCUAUCAGAACUGUGGGCUUCUUACACAAGACUGAAUGAUUACUGUUCUGUCUACUGGGCUGGUCUUAUAACUUAGUUCAUGUAAAAAAAACUUGCCUUUCUGAAUCUCUGACCUUUUUUUAACAAAAAUGUAUAUAUUGCAACACAUACGAACUGGAGAUUUCACUGCUUUGGGUCUCAAAGAUUUUUUUACUUCAGAUUGUGAUAAGCACAUAUUUUAGCACAAGAAGGAAACAACGCACUAAUAAUAAAUAACUUUCCAUUUAGUUUGUUUAGAGGUUGUUUUUUUUAAAAUUAGAUUUGUGUAAAUUCUCUAAAUGUGUAAUUUCUCUAAUCUUUUGCAAUAAAAACCAUUUCCUCUUUGAUAACUGAGUGU